AUGGCUCUGGUUAACAGCUUCAUCAUGCCAAAGACCAUGCUCCAAAUGCCCAUGAAUUCCAAGCCCUGCAGCCUGCACAAUAAGAUUGUGAUUAUACGAUGCGCGGCGGCGAGAAGGAAAAUCACUGAAGGGCCUCCUUCGCAAAUUAACCAGGUACUUAGCGUCACUAGCAGGAGUCUGGGAACUGAGCAGGUGAGCCUCAGGAGCAGCAGCUUGACUGGAGAAGAUGGAAAAACAAAGGAAGGAAAUGCCAUUGUUGAUGAGGUUAACAAUACAACCAAGACUGCUGAUGAUGCCACUGUUUAA